UCCUGAAGGGUAUGCAGUGCUCCUGCGGACCUGACUACUACACUCUGGCUCCAGGCUACAAUAAUGAGUCAUUCAUUAUCUGCAUGUUUGUUGGUCACUUCUUUUUACCUGUCUUCAUCAUCUUCUUCACUUAUGGAAGCCUUGUGGCGACAGUCAAAGCUGCUGCAGCCCAGCAGCAGGAGUCAGAGUCCACUCAGAAAGCUGAGAGGGAAGUGACACGUAUGUGCGUCUUGAUGGUCUUGGGCUCUUUUGCCGGCUGGAUCUUCUUGAACAAGGGAGCUUUAUUCACUGCCCUGACUGCAGCCCUCCCCGCCUUCUUUGCAAAGAGCUCAGCCCUGUACAACCCUGUCAUCUAUGUGUUGUUUAACAAACAGUUUCGAAACUGCAUGCUGAGCACUAUUGGAAUGGGUGGCAUGGUGGAGGAUGAGACCUCAGUUUCAACCAGCAAGACAGAGGUGUCCUCUGUGUCUUAAAUAUAGAGACAUUUUCAUAUCUCUGGACAAUUGCCUUAUUGCUGUAUCUUUUCAAUGGAAUAAUUCUCAAUGUGGACUGUAUACAGUUCAGGGACGUCUGAACUACUUGACCGGUGAUAAACAGCUCCAGGAACAACCUCAUGAAUGGAAUUGUCUCUCCUCUUACUUGAGGGCUAUUGGAAAGUGUGUGAAUUUUUAAUCAAUCUAAAUAAUGAUCAGACGCAUGAACGCAUCUAUGUGGAUGCUCACUUUGACUUCCCCUGCCAUCCGAGGCACACACCCAGUUUUUUACUAUUGAAUCUACAUAACAUCCUUAAAUAUUAUAUGAUUUUAAUGCUGUAUGUUUUAUUUAAUUUUUUUUUUUUUUUUUUACAGCAGAGGGAACAUUUUUACUGUACUUUCAAAAUGAACAACUAUAAAUAGUGUAAAACUCCACUGUUAUCACUCGUUAAGUUGGUCUGAAUUUUCAUGAAUUGUAAAGAUUGUGCACAUGAGGAAUAGUGUAAAUAAAUAAAUGCAUGCAUGCAUGGAAAUA